AUGAGAAACACUGAUAUAAAUAUUCACUCGAAUAAAAAUGAUACUGAAUUACGAGAAAAUAACGGGCUCGGUGGCGACCAAAGCUCAUCACUGAUUUCCAAUGUGGAAUUCGGCACGUUGAAGAAGAUCGGAACUAACGUGUCACAAGUAUCUACAUUUAGUAACUCAACAGUCAAGUCGAAUCCAUUGAUCAAGCUAUUCACUCGAAAUAAAUCCCAGACAAAUGUUACUGGUAAAAAUUAUGAAGGGGAGAUUGCGAGUUCUUCGGAUUCGAUGAAUGAGUUGAAUGACAACGGACCCCAGAAAGAAACAAAGAUUGCAAAGUUGAGAGCAGCAAAAAAGAUUUUAAGCCCCACAAAUAAACUGUUUUUUGAUUCUGCUGCAGAGUCAAGCUCCACUGAUGAGAGGUAUGCAAAGAGACAAUCGAGCGAGGAAUUGAGAGGAAAGAAACCUGCAAUGACCUCCCCGCUGACCGGCUUCCAUAGCCUAUUUCACAAGUCCCAAUCUGCCAGUGGGCUAUCCAAAUUUGGGGAUAGAAAUGCCGAUGAUAAAUUGUAUUCGGGCUCUUCAAAGUCUUCCGUGUAUUUGUCGUCAAACAAUUCAAAUUCGGUCGUAAAUGAUAUAGUGCUCGCUCGAGUUUACAAAUUUACAAGUGCUGGUAUUCCUAAUGAAGACAAUGAAGGAUCCUCGGAACAUUCGUCGUUCCUUGAAAUACAUAGGAAGAUGUUGACUCCUGCUGACCUGUACAUUCAAAACAAGUUCAACAGGCAUCAUCAACACGAGGUGGGGUUGGGCAUCGUUGAAAGAAACGAACAUGGGCCACCAGGCGUCUCGAGUGACGAGGAAGCCAAAUUGAACAAAUCAAAUCAACAAAUAAGCUUGCUUUUGAAGCCAUUAUUUGUACCAUCGAAACAAAGAAAAUCGUCAUCGGCUGCAGCUUACCCGUUCUUGGGACACUCCCUUGAGGAGAUAGGAAUAAUAAUAAGGAACCAUUUCAGUGCGGAAUUCAACAAAUCAGUCAAGCUGGAGCCAAAUCAAAAACAUGGGAGGUAUAAACAGAAGGCGAAUAAAUCAAGUUCAAAGAGCCAAGACCGUGGUAUAACCCACAGCAAUCAUAUUGUGUUCACAAAUCUUGAUGAGGACGAGUCAAGGGAACUCAUUCAAGAUUUAUCGACGAUAUUUGUUACUUGUUUAAGUUGGUUAAAACAUGAUGUGUCUAAAUCUGUAUGGGCUGUAAGUCGUGCUAAUGAAGAAAAAAGUUCUGAUCUUCUCGAUAUGUGGCGUGUCUUAUCAAAAUCGUGGGCUUAUUACAACAGAACUAUCCGAUUUCAGAUUUUGCAUAUGUUCCAAGCGAUACUCACCGGGCAUAGGGCAUAUACAGAUGGUAAUUUUUCAGAACAAAAGAUACCACCAACAUGUGUUGACGAAAUCUUACUACACUCGUUUUGUACGGUAUUUAUUAUUCCAUUAAUUGAACAGAGGAAAAGGUGGGCGACGGAUUUACAAUCUGUGAUUAGCAUUGAAAACUAUGGGAUACUCAACGACCAUGAACGACAUUUAUUUCAGCAAAACCUGUCCAUACAUUCUAACGCAUUGCAUUGCCUUGGGUCUUUCCAGAGCUUACCACAAUCGUCUUAUUUCAAACCUGAUAUCGAAUCACAAUCUUUAAACCAGGUAACGAGAGCAUUGGUAUCGAACUUGUCGGAUCUUCGCUAA